AUGGCAGAUGGUGGGGACGUGGCCUCUGGGGCUCCCCAGCCCACCUGCAUCAAGGUGCACAUCCACCAGGAGUCGGCUCUGGCCAAGCUGCUGCUGAGCAGGUGGCCCCUGCCGCAGCCCCAUGUGCCCUCACCCCACGCCGCCUCCCGGGCCCUGGGCCACCGCAGGCUGCUGGUGGCCUCCUGGGCGGUGCAGAUCGUGCUGGGGGUGUUGAGUGGGGUUCUGGGGGGAUUCCUCCUCAUAUUCUACUACACCACGCUGCUUGGAUCGGGAGCUCCCAUCUGGACAGGGGCUGUGGCUGUGCUGGCUGGAGCUGUCGCCUUCAUUUAUGAGAAACGAGGUGGCACCUACUGGGCCCUGCUGAGGACCCUGCUCACCCUGGCAGCUUUCUCCACGGCCACAGCCGCCAUCAUCAUUGGGGCUAGAAGUUUCCACGAGUACCGUUUUUUCUUUAACAGUGUCUGUGAUGUCUCCCCUUCCUGGAGGCCCACUGGGGCCCCCAGCCCUCCGAGUGCAGACGAGGGAAGGCUGCAGCUGUGCACCUCCUAUGUGAACGUGCUGAAGGCCCUGUUCAUAAGCAUCAAUGCCAUGCUGUUGGGGGUCUGGGCUCUACUGCUUCUGGCAUCUCUGGUCCCCCUGUGUCUGUGCUCCUGGAGAAAAUACCGAUCCAAGGAGAAAAGAGACCCUCCCUUGGAAGAAACUGCUGGGACUGAGUGA